CGAAAACCGUACAAGUAGUUUCCUUUUAAUAAGUAUCCCAUGCAAUCAUUUACAAAUAUGAAACCAUCACUUUGUCUAUAAAUAUAUAUCUGGGAAAUCCUUCUUAACAAUAUACGACAUAACGUUUGAAAUGGUUACCGCAAAUACAUCUAUUGAAACUAAAAUGAAUACCACAAAUGCCUCCAUUGUACUGGGUCGUUCAACUUUACUGACACUUUUAAAUUCGACAGAUAAUGCUACAGUGCUGCCACCAACGAAAAGCGUCGGAUUGCGUCCGCGUGUUCCUGUUUUGUCCGUAGUAUCAUUUGUGCUGGGAGUAAUUGGGAAUAUUCUUGCAAUUUGCGUAGUAUUUCGAUCUAAAGAACGACGCAGUUUGGGCGUGUUUCACAGAUUUGUAGUAGCAUUAGCCUUUACUGACCUGUUUGGCAUUAUAACAACAUCUCCUGUAGUGUUUGCCGUCUUUUCGAGAAAUGUUAGUUUGAAAACGAGUGAAUCAUUAUGCAAUUACAUGGCGUACAUGAUGAUAUUUGCCGGACUAGCAACAGUUCUUGUAGUUGGUGCCAUGGCUUUUGACAGAUAUUUAGCGGUGCUUCACCCGUUCAAAUAUAAAUCUGUUAAAAAAAACUUUAUUGUUAAUAUGGUUAUAUCUGGAAUAUGGCUUUUUUCUGUACUUAUGGCUGCGCUGCCAUUAUUUGGCCUGGGUGUAAACGUUGUGCACUAUCCAGAUUCGUGGUGCUUUUUUAAUUUCUUUGGUGACAGAGUAGAAGACAAAAUAUAUGGAUAUCUUUAUUCCGUACUAGGACUUGGUAUCAUUUGUUUGACAGCAAUAAUGAAUUUGCGGGUAAUUGCAGGAAUCAUUUCUGGGAGAAGAAGUGUUUCAAGACGUGGAAAUAUAUCGAACAAAAAAUCAAGAUCCAGAAAAGACAUUUUUAUAUCCGUGUUUUUAGUAGCAAUAUUUCUAGUAUUUGCUAUCUGUUGGACGCCAUUUAUGGUAAGAAUAACUAUCAAUCAAAGCCGUACGAUUCCCAAAGAUCAAAGAACAGAUUUAAUUGCCUUAAUACUUGCAAGCUGGAACCAAGUCCUUGACCCCUGGGUCUAUCUUUUAUUCAGACAUGAGAUGCUACAGAGAUUUGUGCAUCUGAUCGAAAAAUCCCGAGGAGGAUCGGUCUUGAGACGUUUAUUAAACUUUACAGGAAGCUUUAGGAGCACAUCAUCGAGUAGUGACACACAGUACAAUCAACCAGCAGAAAAUCAUGCUACCUCACAUGCAGAAGUACGACAGGAUCUAUGGCAUGGUAAUAAUGUGUGUUCCAAAGAUGACAGCGAAACCCAGAUGACUGUUUUCAUUGACAAAAAAAUGAUGCAGGAAAACUGUGAUGCACCAAACGACGUUUAACUUUUUUAAAUCAAUUUACAUAUGUAUGCUCAUGUCGAUAUACUAGUAUAUAAAAGAUAAAAUUAGA